AUGUCCGCGAGCGCAGAUGGAUCUCCAGACAAAGUGAACGACUCUUCAGAAAUCAAAACUGCCUCAGAUGGCUCCACUGAACCUCGGCUGGACGCGUCCAUCGAAGCCGAUCUCGCCGAGCUGACCGAUCUCCUCUCCAAAGGGACGUUGGACGAAGCAGGGGAGGCGAACUUGGCGGAGUUGCUUUCGCGCCUUGAAAGUGCGAACGGUGUAGCAAAAGGCGUGGAGAGCAAACUAGACUCUCUCAUCGGGAAUCUGGACUCGCUGUUGGAAUCCUUGGAGGGAGAGUUCGCCGCCCAGCAAGACAGCAAGACGAAGGAGACCAAGACGGACUGA